AUGCAGCAAGAAGAAACGCAGAGGUCCGCCUCAAGACAAUCAUCCUUUAAUGUAAUGAAGCAACAGUCAUUUGAAAGAGAAAUGAAAACGAAAGAAGAUGCGAUCAACAAUGAUCAAAGAGCGAAAACCCAACAACAACAAUUUGACAAGAUUUUGUCUGAAAACGAGAAACUAAGAAACCAACUGAAAUCCGCUAUAGAUGCUGAAGAACAGAGUACAAAAGCAAUGGAUGGGUUAGCUUUAGCAUUAAAGGAAGUCGCCACAGAAUCAAACCAAACUAAGGAGAAACUCGCGUUAACCGAAUUACAACUCGAACAAGUCAGAGCCGAAUCCAAACAAUUCAAGGAGUUGUUAAGAACAAACGAGGAGAAAUACUCGAAGCUUCUAGACGAAAGCAAGAAAGAAAACGAGUUUCAAAAGAACGUAAUCGAAAGACUAAGAUCAGAAGCAGAGGAAUCCCUUCUUGCAUGGAAUGAUAAAGAAACAGGUUUAGUUGAUUGCAUAAAGAAUUUCGAAGAUGAAAAGGGUCUAACACAAGAAGACAAUACCCGUUUGAUUGAAUCUCUUAAAAUGGCUGAAACAACUGCAAGAACCUUAAGAGAAGAAAAUCACAAACUCAGAGAUAUUCUCAAACAAGGUCUGAAAGAAGCAAACGUGGCUAAGGAAUCUGCAGUCAUUGCAACGGAAGAGAAUACCAUACUCAAAGAAUGUUUAGCUGAGAAAGACGAAGCUUUAGACAUUAUAACACGCGAAAUCGAAAGCCUUAGGAUUAGCGAGGCAGCAGCCAAGGAAAGUGUAAAGGAAUUAAAACGAUUACUAUCUUCUUCAACAGCUCCACCUAAAGAGGAAAAAUUCAUAAAUCAAACUAAAGUCGAACUCUGUCCUACUCCAAUUGAGGAUACUACCGGUAAGAAACGGUUCAAAACAUUCAGUUUCGACAUAAGCGAGCUGAAAAGAGGUGGAAGUGAAUUCGAAGAUGAUAAUUUCAUGGAAUGUGAAAAGGUAGCUUCUUUACCUGAGGAAGAUGAAGAAGAAGACGAAGAUCCUGAAAGAGCAGAAGCUCUUAAAGGUUCAAUCUUUGAUACAGAACUCGAUUCGCCUAAAUCUGAAGUUCGAACUCCUGUUCAUCGAAGAAUGCCAUCUCAGUUUAAGGAUACAGUUGAAGGAGAUAUUCAUAAUUCAGAUCAUGAAACAGAGCCGUUAGAAUCUGAUCACGAUAAUGACAUAAUCGAUGGACGACAUUCUCCUAGGAAAAGGAGAGCUUUACUUCAGAGGUUUACAGAUCUUAUAAGGAUUCGAAAAAACAGUAAUAACAGUAAUAACAGUAAUAACAAUAAUAACGGUAAUAGUACUACAACAGCUGGUAGUGGUUCCUCAAAUGCACAUUCACACAAGAAGGAAGUAUUGGCUGAAUAG